UCGAACAGCAGCGCCGAUCAGAAGAGUCAGAGGAGGUACCGCCAAGACUCGAGGUCCAGAUCGAUAGACGAAGGGAGAGGGGACAAAUUGAACGGGACGUCGUCGAGCUACGACGACCUUAGCCGCGCGGACAAGAAGCAAGCGGAACGUAAACUGGUGGACAAGGUAAACGUCGGCGUGAAUACCAGCAGAGGCACCUACAAAGAGUAUCUCGCCUCGAAGAACAGAAGCAAGCAGCAAGAUUACGGGUUCAGCGCGUCGAGCACCGUGAUCGGUAAGUCGAGGGACAUCAGCCCCUCGACCGGUUCGCGAAUUCCCCAAAGGGGACCUCUCAGCUCCAGCUUCAGAUCGAGACGGCUAGAGUCUGACAUCGUCGGAGGCGAGUCGUCGCAGCUUCCUCACCAGGCCGAGAGAAACUGUCGCGUGAGAAACGCGACCGACAGCAGGCUGACGAAUUUGGCGAAGACGAGAAACGAGUCCGAUCGUGACAGGAUAUCAUGUGGAGUAAGCGGCCUAGCUACCGGCAUUACCGCUGCUGGCGGCUCGAUCGUAACGGGCAGCACGAGCGUGAACGCGAGCGCGGUGACGACGACGACGACGAGCAGCGGCACACUCUCGGUUAUCCCCAGCAGGAAAGCGUCGUUUAAGCGAAGCUCUCAGAACCACGAUCAAAGCACGGUUGGCGCGACGAGAGCGCUCGUUAAGGAAGAGACAGGCCAGAGAGCGAGAGGGGCCUGCGGGGGGAACAGCAGCAACCUCUCGAAGGGCCCGAGCAACCUUGGUGACCAAGGCGAGCCGAUCUCGCCAAAUAAGGACGGAGAAAGUAGGCGCCCGGCUCUCACGAGCGAUUCACCGCGAGCCGAUGAUAAACCAGCCGAUGCCGCUUGUAAAUCGGCGACAGAGUUCUCGAGGAGCGUGGAUCGGCCUACGCGAGAUGUACUCCCGAGGAUCACAACCAGCGAAUCGGCCGAGUCUAGUCGCGUGUACGCGGCGCUGCAGCUACUGAACGAGCAAAACUCGGCAAAGUCGAGACUAUCGACGGGCAACAACGGUGUUCAACCUUUGGAGGAAAGGUCUCCGAGCAGAUCGCACUAUUCCACGCCGAAUCACGUGGAGAAGAUUUACGAGCGUAGCCUGCAGCCUCAGGUGAUUCACGUGGAUGACCUCCAAUCGAUCCUGCGACCUUCUUUGCAGGUUUCUGCUUACGGCGAAGGUGGAACUGCCGGUCGAUCCGAUCUCAAGUCGCCUGCCAAAGAAGCGGUUAUACUCGACGAGCGAAACGAAAAACAGCCAGAAGAAGAGGAGGAGGAGGAGGAGGAGGAGGAGGAGGAGGAAGAGGAAGAAGAAGAAGAAGAAGAAGAAGAGGAGGAGGAGGAGGAGAAGGUGGAAAAGAAAGAAGAAAAAGAGACAGAGGUUUACGAACGGGUCGGCGAGUUGCGGUACGAACACCUGGAGACUAUCGAGGAAGACGAUCAGAAGAGCGAGGCAUCCGUUUGCAGGUACCCGGAGAUCGGAUUGAGUCAGUGCCUGAAAAUUCAGCAAUACCUGCCGAACGGUAGAUCGAGAGGUCCUCCUCCUCCUCCUCCUCCUCUUUCUCCUCCUUCUCCUCCCGCGGAGAAGAAAAAGGAAGCACCGGCGACGUGCACGAAGCGGGACCAGCAGCAGAACGAACCUGCCCGGACGUUCGUCACGUUUCGCUCGUCCGGCUCCCCUCAGGGCAUCAAGACGACGAGCCUGCAAUCUCGAUCGACCGCGACUGGUUUGUCGGAGUGCGGCAGCGAGCAGGAGGAGAAACGGCAAGUCACGGAGCCGAUCAUGAUCGUCGACGACCUGGAGAUCCCCUACGAUCCCGGGAAUUUGGUGCUCGACAGAAGCCAAUCGUGUCACACGCGGGAGAACAGCAAUCUAUCGACCGCCACUAUACCCCUGGACGAGCUGGAGAGUGAAAGGCAGGCGGCAAAGUUCAAGGCCGAGGACGCGCGUUUUCGAUCGAACGAGAUGCCCGAGCAGACAAUGGAGGCGGCGAGGUGCAACCUUCGGUGCAACCAAGACUCUGGUCUUGCCAAAGAGCCUAGCCAGAAGUCGGAGAAAUGGGAGGCCGAGAAAGGGGAACGAACCAACUCGCGGGAGAUGGACCGGUCGGUGGUGAACGAAGUGCUGGUGAAGAAUCUUCAAUUCAAGCAGGACUUACCGAAAGACUCGUCGUCGGCGGAGCGUAGUCCCGUAGUCGGCGACUCGUUUGGCAAAAUCAUCGAGCACGUCGCGAGCCAACAGAGGCCGAUCGUUUUCCACAAUGUUUUGUGCGACAAUUACGAGAACGUGCGAAACGCCAGGUUCAAGGAGAGCAAGGUGUACGUGACGAAGGAGGAGAUGGAGCGGCAAAGGCUGAUGGAAUUGCUGAGGAAAGGGGACUACGAAUCGGUGAAA